GAAGAUGUUUCCGGCCAUCCUGGGACCUCUUUGUACGUCAACGAACAAUGGAUUAAUCUCGAUGUUCUCCGGCGUCGCAUUUCGCUUUGCGAUGUGAAUCAUGGUGAAAGAUGUGGAAGAGGUCGCUUGUCCAGAAAAGAAGACAUGAUUAGACCACGAUAUCUUGUUGAUACCUACCGUGCUUGCCUUGUACAUGGAGAGGCGGUCCAGUCAGAAUAUGUUGCACUGAGCUACCAGUGGGGUCAAAUCGACAGCCUUCGAAACAACAUCCAGCUCUGCAAAGAUCUCUUAGUUCCAGGCUCACUCGCGACGGAAGGGGUUGCCUCAAGGAUCCCGCAAACGAUUAAAGAUGCGUUUGAAAUGGUGAAACUUCUACGCUACCGCUAUCUAUGGGUAGACUCGCUUUGUAUUGUUCAAGACGACCAUCAGCAACUACGGUCUGAGCUGUCGCAAAUGCAUCGAAUUUACAACAGCGCUACUUUUACCAUCAUCGCGAAAGACGGACUUGAUGCAAAUUAUGGGCUGCGUGGUCUCAAAGACAUUACUGCACCCCGGCGCCACAAGCGGACAUAUGCCAGGUUAUCAAACUCGGAGAUCCUUGUUCAGACAAACUCUAUGUCGACCCAUGACAACCGUAUUCCUAGCAAGUAUCAGGAAAGAGCAUGGACAUUUCAAGAGCAGCUUAUGUCCAGGCGUGCGAUUCACUUUGCAUCAGGAGCCAUUGAAUGGCAGUGUAACCACGGGAGCCAAGCAGAGUACGAUCUCUUGCUGCCUGAUCACUUGUACAAGCGGAGUGACUUUCAGUUCCAAUCGAUCACAAGAAAUAUGCCAACACCAAUGGGGCUCAAUACAGCAAUAGGACUUUAUAACCAACGCGAGUUGAGUUUUCCAGAGGACGCAUUCGCUGCAUUCGCUGGAGUACAAUCUAUGCUGGAACGCAACCAUGCGGACAGGUUCCUCUACGGAGUGCCAGAAUUCUGGUUUGACAUAGCCUUAAACUGGACGCCAUCAUCACAUGAAGGAAUCGUAAGACGUGUGCCUUCGGAGCAGCAUCGAUCGUUCCGACAGCCCUAUCAGCUACCUAGUUGGUCAUGGCUUGGUUGGGCAGGUCAGGUUGCAUUUCCAGCGGACGCAGGACUCAGGAUGAACGACCGCUAUCCCAACCCUUGCUUCACAGUACCUGUUACGACGUGGUAUACGACGCCUAUCCCAUCAUCCGCUGACAAAAGAACAAUCGGCUCGGGAUGGUACAAGCACAGACUAUUAGUGCGUGAUACUUCAGACAUACUUCCAACCGGGUGGAAGCGCAUUUGGAUGGACGAUGAAGAUCUGAAAAAGCUUGCAUUAGGGAAAAGCGUUGUACCAGACUGUUUAUUGGAGCAGAAAUACUACUUCAAGCACGAUAAAGCGGAACUCAAGUACCGGUAUCCGUUUCCCACCUCCUUGCCUUAUCGAGGCGAACAAGAAGCACCGUCGUUACAAACAGCGUAUCUCUUUGCCAGGACCGAGCGUGCUUACAUGUGCGGCCAGAUCAUAUCGCCUACGCGCGUACGGUACAAGCGUGAUGGAUACAGUUUUUCCAUGUGGCUCACACGAUCAAAUGGUCAACAUGUUGGCUACAUACAGCUCCACAACAGCAAUGACAUGGAAGCAUUUGGACCAUCCGAAAGCCCGCACUCAAUGGAGCUUGUAGCAACUUGCAAAGGAUACACCGCAAAUGUAUCAGUAGUCGGAGAAGACUGGAACGUGUUUCCAAGCGAAGAAGGAGGUAAUGAACAACGUCGUAUCGGAAGGCAUCUUUUCAGAACGCCCAGGGCAUGCUACUUCGUACUGUGGAUCGAAUGGAUCGAUGGUGUUGCCUACCGAAAGGCAAGCGGCGCGGUUGCUGCAGAGGCUUGGGAGCAGGAUAGGGAGAAAGAGCUUGUGGAUCUUAUCCUGGGGUGA